UACAUUGGAACUAUUGCAGUUGAUAUCAGAUAGGAGGUGAAUAAUUUACACUGACAGAGUUUCUGAUUUGGAUUUGUUAGAUGAAUGUGAUUUUGUUUCCAAUGCAUUUUAUCUUUGAGAAGGAGAAAUUAAGCAUCAAUAUUUUACGAAACAGUGCUGUAACUACUGAAGAGAAAUUGUGUAUUGCCUUACGUUUUUUUGCUUCAGGAAGUCAUCAACAAAUAAUUGGUGAUUUCAAUCAAACUAUCCAGUCAUCAUGUUGCCGGGCUAUAAAUGAAGUAUCUAGAUGUAUAGCUGAAAUGAGGCCAAGAUUCAUUUACCUACCAAAUAAUGAAUCUGAGCGACUUGAGAUUAAAGACUUGCAAAGAUAUGGAAGAAAUAAGGAACAGCCUUUUCCUCCUGAAAAAAAAAAAAAAAAGAAAGAAAGAAAGAAAGAAAAGCAACAAACAAAAAAAUCUUUUUCAUCUGUCUGGUGAUGAUUAUACAGGAUUGCUUUUUGUAUUUUUGAAACUUUCCUGUAUGACUCAUUUCCAUGAUUGUACACUGUUUUCA